CGCCCUUCGGCUGAGUGAGAAGUCAACCACUGAAGAAGACAUCGCUUUCACUGGGAACACUGGCUUUAUUUGGCGACUCCAUAGCUCGGUACCAGUAGCCUCAGAUAGCGUCUCCCUGGUCUGAAGCAGCGAUCCCCCGAGAAGCAUCAGUGUGGCUGUGGUCUGCCGUCCAGUGUUGUUUAGCAAGCUAUAGCCGACACCAUGGCGCUGUCGUACAAGAAGGACCUGGACAAGUACAAGGAUCUCGACGAAGAUGAAAUCCUCAACAAACUGUCGGCGGAGGAGCUCAAACAGCUGGAGACAGCCCUCGAGGAGAUGGACCCUGAGAAUGCUCUUCUACCAGCGGGUAUGCGUCAGAAGGACCAGACGGUUAAGAAAGCUACAGGAACAUUCAACAGGGAUGGCCUUCUCAAAUACCUGGAGAAGGAAGCCAUCGAGUACAAGGACAGAGAGGAUAUCGUGCCCUUCACUGGGGAGAGAAAAGGGAAAGUAUUUGUUCCUAAGCAGAAACCAAUAGAAAAAUGUCAGGAGGAAGUCACAACCCUCGACCCAGAAUUAGAGGAAGCCCUAUCCAGCGCCACAGAUACAGAACUAUGUGAUCUUGCAGCAAUCCUGGGUGUUCACACGUUGGUCACCAGUAAUCAGACCUAUGAUGGGACUGGAGCGAGAGAGGGCCACAACAAUGUGAUUAAAGGAGAGAAGAUGAACCCAGUAUUUGAUGAGCCUCCCAAUCCCACUAAUGUAGAAGAAACCCUGCAGAGGGUAAAGAACGAUGACAGCACCUUAACAGAGGUCAACCUCAACAACAUUAAGAACAUCCCGAUUCCCACGCUGAAAGACAUGGCCAAAGCCAUGGAGAAGAACACGCACGUCAAGAAGUUCAGCCUGGCAGCAACACGGAGUAACGACCCCAUUGCUGUGGCAUUCAGUGAAAUGCUGAGGGAGAACAAGACGUUGCGAAGUUUGAACUUGGAGUCCAAUUUCAUCACCGGGGCGGGGGUGCAGGCUCUGGUUGAUGCGCUGCGAGACAACGACACACUCACAGAGAUCAAGAUAGACAACCAGAGGCAGCAGCUGGGCACCACCGUAGAGAUGGAGAUAGCUAAAAUGUUGGAGGACAACAACAACAUAGUGAAAUUUGGAUACCAUUUCACCCAGCAAGGACCUCGCUCCAGAGCUGCAGCAGCAAUCACCAAGAACAAUGACCUGGUCCGCAGGAGGCGAGUGGAAGGGGAUCUGUAGGGGCGGGCUCCAACCUGUCUCCCAGCCAAUCCUGUCGUUUCAUCUCACCAUGUGGAAUAAUUUCAGCCACUGCCCUGGUCUCAUCUCACUGUGUGGAAACUUAAGUCUUGUGCCAAACUGCGGGGCAAGGCGCGCUCAACCAGAACAUACAUCUGAGAAGAAGGGAAAUAACUGGAAUUGCCCUCUCCCAUAUACUUGUUCAUACUUAUGUUUAUUGUUGUCAUUAUGUUGUUGUUAUUGAAGGUGUAAAUCUGAUUUAGUUUUUAGUCAUUUCAUUUCAGCUGCUCCUUAUGAGUUUUCUUUUUUUUUUUGAGCCUUUAAAUUACCUGUCCAGACUUUUACUUUUUUUCUUUUAUACUGUGCUAUAAUAAUUUUCAUUUUAAUGUUCAUUUUUCUUUUAUUUCACUUUACCAAGUAACAGAAAGAUCAAUAACAGCUUUGCAUAAACAAUAACUAGCAUCCAGAAACCCCUGUCUUCUCUGCUAAGAUAGAUUGCUGUCGAGGCCUAAGCGUCCAGUAAAACUCCUGUAUUGAAUCAGUGGAGAUAGUCCUGAAGUCGAUCUGUAGAUGUACAGCAGUCUGUUAGCACCCCAGCUUACUGCCAUCUCAUACAGAAAGGUAAUAGCUUAGUCAUGACUACUAGCCCUGAAAUCCUGGUCUGACUGUACAGCGGUAGAAAAGACAAGUUGCUGUCUGUAAGCACGUAGUAGCCAGCAGCACAGUGUAGGUUUGAUUGUUUAUUGGCGUUGCCUUGUAACACCAGCCUGGGCUGGUGUGUGUAACGGUUGUGCAAGACGUUUCUUAGUUAGUGCUGGCGUCAGGCUGUAGUCAGCCUCAGAAUAGAUGCUGACUCACCCCCUUAUGGAGUCUAUACUGAAACCAGUGCAUAUUUUUUUUGUAUUUCUUUUACUCUAAUUGAAGAUCUUGUUUUGAUACGGUUCAAAUUCGGAUGUUUGUUAUCCCAAUCACUUACGUCCCUUAACAGGACAUUGUAAUUGUAUUUUCAUAUUUUGGAUCAAGUAAACGUGGGAUUGUACUGUAAAACUUAAAGGAUAUUCACCCUAGUUUAGACUGAAGAGGUGUAACAAUUGAUACUGUUAAUUUCUGCUCGACACACCGAGCUUCUCUGAUGCUUAACAAUGCCAAAGACUAACACGUGCAGUUAUUGAACUAGCUUUUGGCUUCACAGCUACAGUCACUUCCUUACAGCACACUCUGAGAAAGGAGGCAGUGAUCUGAAAAAAAAUGUUUUUGUUCAGAUGACACCAUACUGUACUACAUUUGGAUGUUCAUUUUGUGGACCACUUAAAAUCAUAAAAUGUUCAACAGGUAGCUCAGUGAGAUGUGAGGAAGAGUUGGCAAACAGCUUAUGUCAAACCUCUCAGUUCAGCUCCUCAGGUUGCAGCUACUUGUGAAAGUUAAUGGACUACAUCUCCCAAAUAGAAAAUGAAUUGUACAGACGUUAAAUUUGACAUUUCACGCACACACGCACACACACACACACACACGCACACACGCACACAGCAGCACUCGGCAGGAUCUUAGCAGUGGCAUGUCAUUCAUUAUGUAAGAGAUGUCAACAUGCUGUGUGCCUCUAACUGAACUUGCUUAGGUACACUAACCUGCUAAUAAUGGUUGUAACAGGACUAAUUCAGGAGUUACUUGAAACUUGUAUAUACUGUUUAUGUGUAAUAGGAACAAUAUGCUGGCAUGAAGUCAUCACUUGUGAACAUCAUGUUUCUAUCGACCAAAAAUGUUCUUUCAUUUUAACAGCCUCACAUUCUUUGGAGAAGAGUUGUAAGGCUGAGCUCAGUACUUUGGGUUUUUAUAUCUGUGUACUUCCUCCAUGAUCAUAUCCGCUGGUGUUUUUCUUUUUGGACCUUUUAUUGUGUUUUUCUGGUGGACAGUCGGCUGAAGUGGAAAAACUUCUUCCUUGCUUGGGCUUGUUAAUACUAUUAUGUGAUUCAAAAACAAUGUAUAUUAAUUGUAAAAUGCCAUCUCAAGUUUAAAGUGCACACACACCCCUUUAUGUGUGUACAACAUACAGUAAAUCUACACAAGUCAUUGCUGAGAUUUUUUUUAUACCUUAAUUCAAAAUCCAGGUGUAGACUCAACAUAAAGAAUAUGUACUAUUAUACAACGCACUGCUGAAUAUGACAUCCUCAACAAUAAAUGUUUUUACAUA